CCCGGGCGGAUAAGAGGCGGCGCUGGCUGCCCGCCUCCGAAGCUGGGACUGUCGGUGCGACCGGGCGGAGGCGGGGCGGCCCGGCACCACCUCCGACUACCUGGAAAGGCCGGGGCUGGCGCGCUAGCGAGGCCCCGGGCCCGUCGCUUCCUUUCCCUACGCCCCCUGCCGAGGAGCGUCCCUCCGCGCCCCAACAUGGCGGGCGGGCGCUGGGGUCCGCUGCUGACGGCGCUCCUGGUGGCCCGAGUCGCGGCGGCGGCGGAGGGCGGCCCCGAGCAGGCCGCGCUACCGGAGGAGCGGAGCUGGGUGCGGCCCAUGACCGCCUCCAACUGGACGCUGGUGAUGGAGGGCGAGUGGAUGCUGAAAUUUUAUGCUCCUUGGUGUCCAUCCUGCCAGCAGACUGAUUCAGAAUGGGAGACAUUUGCAAAGAACGGUGAAAUACUUCAGAUCAGUGUAGGAAAAGUAGAUGUCACUCAAGAACCAGGUUUGAGUGGCCGCUUCUUUGUCACUACUCUCCCAGCAUUUUUUCAUGCAAAGGAUGGGAUAUUCCGCCGUUACCGUGGCCCAGGAGUCUAUGAAGACCUGCAAAAUUAUAUCUUAGAGAAGAAAUGGCAAUCAGUGGAGCCUCUGACUGGCUGGAAAUCCCCAGCUUCUCUGACGAUGUCUGGAAUGGCUGGUCUUUUUAGUAUCUCUGGCAAGAUAUGGCAUCUUCACAACUAUUUCACAGUGACCCUUGGAAUUCCUGCUUGGUGUUCUUAUGUCUUUUUCGUCCUGGCCACCUUGAUUUUUGGCCUUUUUUUGGGUCUGGUCCUGGUGGUAAUAUCAGAAUGUUUCUAUCUACCAUUUCCAAAGCAUUUAUCUGAACACACUGAGCAGACCCGGAAGUCAGAGGAGGCUCACAAAGCCGAACAGCCGCAGGACGCAGAGGAGGAAAAAGAUGAUUCGAAUGAAGAAGAAAACAAGGACAGCCUUGUAGAUGACGAAGAAGAAAAAGAAGACCUUGCUGAUGAGGACGAAGUAGAGGAGGACGAGGAGGAGGACGGCUCGGUCGCCCCCGUGGACGAGGAGAGGAAUGACGCCCAGGACCAGGGGCCCCUGAGGGAGGCCCAGGAGGAGGGCGAAGCUGAGCCUGAGGAAGACUUGCCUGAGCUGCCCAGCGCCGCCCACACUGAGGCGGCGGAAGACACAGUGAGGCAGCGCAAAAGCCAGCCCGCCGCUAAGGGACCAUAGGUCUAAUGACAGUAUUUCCGAGCAUUCAGACCGAAGGAGAAGGUCCGCUUCCCUCGGGUCUGCAGUGUAAAUCAAAUCCUUAUUUUUUCCUGAAUGAGCAAGCUUCUCUUAAAAAAGCGAUCUCUAGUCAUGUAGUCUCUGGCAUUGAGCCUCAUGUAGGUUAAUGAGAGCGUUUCGGGCAUGACAAUCAGGAAACGGAGAAACAAACCGGGUGUGGGGAUCUGCCCGGGGACUUGGGAUGGGCACACCUUCACUGGCUUGAGGCUAGAGAGUCCUGACCAGGGAAAGCACCCCGCAGGCGCCAUAACACGAAAGCCAAGCACCACGACCAUCCUCACAGUGCAUGGGAGUUCUUGCAGAAGUCUUCUGUGUUAAGUAUUCGUUUUUGUCAAACUGUAAGAGACAUCAGCCACCACGGUACGGAGAUGCUUUUCCGGAGAUAGAAACCGCGAGGGCCCUGGAUUUUAUGAUAGAAGAGAGCUUGGACGCCAUCCCAACUCUCGGAACCUCCUUUGUUAGGAUUUACUUCUUACCUUUAGCAUUUGCAGCUUUCCCACCACGGGCCUGCAGGCGCCCCACGCUCUUCACAAUACUUCCUCAGUCAGCGGCCUCCGGCAGCCGCCGCUUCCCAUCAGCCGCCUUCAUUCUGACUUGAGGGUUUACAUAAUCCAGAACCAAAGCCCAAGGAGCCGUGACUGCCAAGCGUCUUGAAUGAAAUGUUGUAACCUUUGGAGAUUCAAAAGGGAAGCAGGGAUUUUACAGGAGAGAUUUUUGUUGUUGUUUGCCAAAACGUAGUAAUUUUUUUUUUCCCCAAAAGUUUCCUUUAGCAAUAUUCUUUUUGAAGCCAGAAGUGCCCUAAGUGUUGCCCAGGACAAGGUUGUCUUGUGAAGAGAACUUGAAUACUUUGUUGUUUUGCUUCCAUCUCAAGGGGUUCCCUGGCUCUUGAACCACUUUAAUAUUAACUGCAAAACCAUUUCUGGUUUUCUUUCAGUGAUGUGCUUUUGGUGAAAGAAUUAAUGAAAGUGAAUAUCUGGAAAUGAAAGAUUUGGUUUCGUUUCCUUCUUCCUUAAUCUUGUAAAGAAUUUUAUCCCUGUAAAUCUCUCAAUACUCAAUCUACUAAAAGUACCCAAGGGGCCCGAUUUCUUUUAAAGAAUCCAUCCAUCUACUUCUGCCUUACCUGAUUUAUGUCUUAGAAUAAAUUCAUAAAAUUAGAUUCCAAGCUUAUGAAAGAUGUCUAAAGUUGAUCCUACACCCCUUGGGUCCAGACAGAAAAACAAGUAAUACAGGUUUAUGAAAUUCAAAAAGUUUCUGUCAUCUUUAUAAAGAAAUAUGCAAUAUACUCCUGUCUGGCUGUUUUGAUAACCCUUACCUUGUAUUAACUUUGAACACAGGCUCCCUAGAGGAGGGGGAGGUGCUGAGACCCUCCACCCUCGAGUGGCUGAAUGGGCCUGUUGCAAGCCUCACACAAAGGGAGUUUUUAUUCUGACAGAGUCCAAUUUUUAGAGAUGGUUAUUUUUCAUCUUUCUAACUCCGUUACCUGACAGUCUCAUCCCCCAGUACUAUGAGGUUCAUGAGGAGUCGCCAAUAGUUUUUCUCUUCGCAGCAACAGCACCUUGAGUUUGAGGCCAUCACAGAACUGACAGACUGGGAAAACCUUGACUUUGGCUCAUUUCCUGCCCCUCCUGCCAUGUACGUCUCUUAACACAUCCUCAGCCCAAGCACCAUGGUUCUGAUGGUGGCAGCUCCAUCUCCCUGAUCAUGGAAAGCUUUUCUGGUUCAUUGCUGAGUGGAGCCUGUGCUUCUGUCACUGGAUUUCUUUCUCUUAUAAUCAGCUGAAACAAAGUUUUCAAAGAUCAUUAAGUUCAAGUUCAGAGGUAUGGGAUAAGAAAGUUUUCGUAGUUUGGCUUUUCUGCAUAAUACCUCCCCCCUUUCCCACUCCUCAUAUUUAAAAAAAAAUUUUUUUAAAGUGGAGUAUUUGACCAAAAGGGAAGGAAUGAAGAAAUAAAAUCUAUUUUUGCUUUUUAUGAACAUAAGGCCAAUUUUCUACUGGACCCCAAAUAAUACCUAAUUAUAUAACAAGAGAAAUGUAUGUUCUUUCUCAACAAUACUUAAAAAAUAAAUCGGAGGAAGAGGAGAAAACAGCUUAGAGAAGAAGAUCCACUAAAAGUUGAAGCUUCUGUGGCUAUAGGAACCAUUUUUUUUUUUUAAUAUCCUGGCAAAAAGUGGGGUUUUUACUAAAUGGCUGGAAAAGUACACAUCGAAUUUAAUUUCUUUUCACUUGAGGCCUGUAGGUUUGUUUCCAGUAUUUACUGAAUAAAAAACUAAAGGGAAAAAAGUCAACCUAAAAUAAUUUGAAAUUAGAUUAACAUUUCAAUAGGCUUUUAUGGAUUUUUUUCUGGAGAUAAUCUAUUUAAUCCAGAAGUCAAAUGUGUGGAAACAUGAUUUUGGUUAAAAAAAUAAAAAAUAAUCAUGCUUCCCUAUGUUGCAAUAUCAGUUUUCUAAUUAUAGAAGAGUAUUUUAUAUAAAUCAAAAUUAGGAAAAUUAAAUAAAAGUGACCGUAGACUGUACUGGGGAGCAGUGCGUUUUGCGUGAGUAGUUGGAGCAGGGUUCUUUUCUCUGAUGAGAGGGAAAAUCUGAAACUUCUAGCUACCUUUUAUUAGUUUCUUUCUUUGAAGUCUAAGCACUGAAUGGGGUAACAGGCAGUACUCAUUCACUCAUUCCCCGAACCUCACCUCACGGGUGCAUACUUACACCUUAUCUGGUGUGUAAGGGCCCUGUUAGCACAGGCCUCUCUAACUAAAAAAAGAAAUCCAAACUAACGACUGUAAUAAAAAGUAAACAAGCUUUAGCCAGGUUGGCUUUUAGCAGGGGAGAAAGUCAAAUUUUGACCUCUUUAUGGCCCAAAUCCUUGUUGAUAACUACAGCACUGCUGCGUGAUUUGAGGAUAUGUUAAGUCUGCAGAGCCGGCAUCCUGUAAGACCUUUGGGAAAGGAUGAGAAAAAAAUGUCUUCAAAGGCGAGCACUUAGCCUUUAUGUUUUUUUAUGACCAAGUCUUUAAGAGUGGAGCCUGUACGCUCUUUCCAGGAUGGCGAACAUUAAAGAGCCCAAAUACAUGUGAACAAUAAGGUCCACCGAAGAUUUCAGUAUAAAAUGUUAAAUUGGCAUGAAGGGAGAGAAAGAAGGGAAAGAUUGGUGCUUUCGCUAAUGUUUAUCAACUCAUCUCUGUCCAGCUCAGUAUUGAAGUGUUAUUUCUGCCAGUAUUGUAAGUGCGUAACAGACCCAUCCUGUCAAAUACAACAUUUUGAAAAGUAUUCAUGUGAAUCUUUUGUGCCAACAGAAAAGUUCCUUCUUGUUCAGUAUCUUUACCUUAGUCUGACGUUUCGAUCCUCUUUGGAUCAGUUCCUCUUGAAAAACCAAAUGAUGAUGAACCUUGAUGGGGCAACCUUUUGAGCAGCUUUUCUGAACCAGGAGAUUUAGUUAGAAGGCCUUUGGUGGUUUCAGACCGGCACAUGGCCUUCAGAUGGCUUCUUCUUGGUCAAGUUUCGUGGGAACUGUGCCCCUGCGUAUGUGUGACUCAUAUCAUUUUCACAUGUUUCUGAUGUAGUUUCAUUGUAUUUGUUACUAAAUAGCUUCUUUGUGCAAAUGCAGUUUUUACACUAAAAAUGCUGUUUAUUUGUAUUGUAAUACAUUAUAAAUUUGUUAUUUAUAUUGUU